GAAGAAUAUAAAAUUCGCCGCGCCCGAUACGUACAAUAUCCUACGGAGUAUGUAGACAGAGAAAAAGAUUUCUCAAAACUGAAAUUGAAUGCACAAACAUUUCUUAUGACGGUGCAUUCUUCCUUCUCUUCAGAAUUCUGAAGAAUUCAUAAGGAACUCGUAAGAUUGGGGGAGUGAGAGGGGAGACGAUUUCCAGUUUGUCUCCAUCUCUCUCAAUCUUCCCCUGGUUUCUUCUCAGACAUUCAUAGAACCAGCAGAUUAUGGAUAUGAGAUUUCCACCAUUUGUAUAUACAAGUCAUGCAGCUCUGUAGAGACAUUUAUUAUGGAUCAAAAGCUUUCGUUACGCCAUUUCUGAUUUUCCGUAUCAACCCCCGUCCCCCUCUUUAUAUGUAAACUUUUUUUCCCCCACGCCUUCCAGAAAUUUCCAUGUUUUCCUCUGCCGUUAUGUUUUGAAAACCCUAGCUGGUUGAAUUUGGAGUUUCGGUUUUGAACUCUGUUCAAUGGGGUAUCAUGGUAGCGGUGGCGGACCUGGUUGCUCUAGAGGGCCUAGAGUGGAUGAUCGUUUGGCCACGACUCAUCCUGAUCCCUCGGUCAUUGGCGAGGAAUGCUGGUCUUCUGCCGAAGAAACCACCACGGAGUUAGUGAAUUGUAUCCAUCCCACGAUGGAUUCCGAGGAGAAGAGGAAGGACGUCAUGGAGUUUGUCCAGAAACUGAUAAGAGAUUCUCUUUCUUGCGAGGCUUUUCCAUAUGGAUCAGUGCCUCUCAAGACCUAUCUUCCGGAUGGAGAUAUUGAUUUGACUGCUCUUACUGGUCCUAGUACUGAAGAAUAUUUGGCGCGUGAUGUCCUUGCUCUUCUGAGGGAGGAAGAACAGAAAGAAAAUGCUGAGUAUAAAGUCCAGGAUACCCAAUUCAUUGAUGCUGAGGUUAAACUUGUUAAAUGCCUUGUACAAAAUGUUGUCAUUGACAUAUCUUUUAAUCAGUUAGGAGGUCUCUGCACACUUUGCUUCUUGGAGCAGGUGGAUCGUCUUGUUGGCAAGAAUCAUCUCUUCAAACGCAGUAUUAUGGUGAUAAAGUCCUGGUGUUAUUAUGAAAGCCGAAUCCUGGGUGCUCAUCAUGGCCUCAUAUCUACCUAUGCAUUAGAAACACUGGUCCUAUAUAUCUUCCAGUUUUUCCAUUCAUCUUUAAAUGGUCCUCUAGCGGCACUCUAUAGAUUUUUGGAUUACUACAGUAAUUUUGAUUGGGAGAAUUACUGUGUUAGUUUGAAUGGGCCGGUUCGCAAGGCAUCCCUUCCUGAAGUUGUGGUUGAGAAGCCUGACAAUGGAGCGAAUGAGGUAUUGCUCAGUGAAGAAUUUUUGAGGAACUGUAUGGAAAUGUUCUCAGUUCCAUCCAGUGUUAGUGAAAGCAGCCGCGGAAGACCAUUCAAACUAAAGCAUCUGAAUAUAAUUGACCCAUUGAAGGAUAAUAACAAUCUUGGGCGCAGUGUUCAUAGAGGUAAUUACUACCGCAUACGUAGUGCUUUCAAGUAUGGAGCACGCAAGCUUGGUCGGGUUCUCUUAUACCCUCAAGAUAAAAUUGGAGAUGGGGUAAAGAAGUUCUUUGCAAACACCAUUGACAUGCAUGGCCAGAACCCCUUGUAUAAUUUAAAGAACUCAUCUUCCCUAAAAAAUUACCCCAACAGUAUGUCGUCGUCAUAUGAGGAUGAAAUGCCUUUGAAACCAUCAGUUGGCUAUUGUGAUGAUAGUAACAGUAGUGUUGAAUGGGAAGAUAAAUUCAGCCCUUCAAUAUUAAGAAACGAAGUUGAUGCCAAGCUGAUGAAAAAACUAGUUAAUGAAAAUAGCUGCUCCACAACUGAGGUUACUGUAUCAGGACAUGAUCUGGUGGCUCCCACAAAGAGCACGGAUUGGGCACCCACCCAAAACGGGCAAUUUGAUUGUGUUUACGGGAAGCCAGUGUUUGGUUCAUUGAUAGACCAAAGCGAGAUUCUUUCUGAGAGUAGUGCAUACCACCAGUCACUGACAGAUUACAGUGAGAGUGUCUGUUCUGGUGUUUCGGAAAUCUCAACUCCAAAGACAAGCAUUUUGGAAAGCUUGCCCCUUGAUUUUAGGGAAAGGGACUUGGCCAGCUUAGCGGGCGACGAUUUGGAAGUUCUGAAUCCUUUAGCUGACCUCACAGGGGAUUAUGACAGUCAUAUUAGAAGUUUGGUGUAUGGUCAGUGUUGCCACGGGUAUGCAUCAAUGGCAUCGUUAUUGUUUGAUCCCCUGUUUAAACCAGCUCACUAUCAAGAUUUUGAUUAUCUGGACACUGUUCAUUAUUCAAAUACGGGUUCGGUUUUUGUGGGACCCGCAUUCCUUCCCUCACCUGCUAACAACCCCUUACCAUCAAAUGUUACUUGCUAUGAGGAGAUAGCUGAAGCAACAAUACCAGAACUGUUCAUACCAAAGAUGGAUCGUUCUUGCAAAAUGAAGGGCAGGAGUAAAGAACUCUCCAGUAAAAUCCAGUUCCAAAAAGUGUCUAGUAGCAACGGAUGCAUUCCUGUGGUGUUAUCAGAGGCAAACUGUUCCGGAAAUGAGGAUGAUGAUGGCAGUGGUGGUAGCAAGCCAGACUGUUAUUUCCACUCCCAAAAACCUUCGUGUAAGAAACGUGGAAAGCUUUCUGCAUCCAACCAGUAUGCCGACCGCGAAGAUGAAAAUGGUCUCCCAAAUUUGCCAAGUGAGAUUGAGUUUGGGUCUUUAGGGAAGCUCCCUGACGGUUUUCUUUCAGGCGCUCUUCGUGGUCUAGCCCCACCAACGAAUCUCUCUAAAAAACUAGUAUGGUGCAGAAAGGAAAGGUUUGCAGAUCGGUCGUUCCUCCUGAAAAAUGAAGAAGAGUUCCCCCCAUUGACGCCCAUGUGACCCGUGAGGAAGUGCAUGAAAAUAUCCGGAGGCGAGGGUAUAUGAGACAUAAGUUAGCUGCUAACAAACCAUAGAAACAUUAGUUUUUUUUUUUUUCAUUUAGACAAACGUAAUGAUAAGAAACAAAAGUAAAGCUAUAGCUAUAGCUAUAUAUAUACAUAUUGCAUUUGUUAAGGUCAUGUAAAAGCCAAGACACUUCCCUAUUGGUCGGAUGAUGAAAAGAAGAUAGAAAAAUGAUUACACUGUAUAAUUAGCUUUGGCUCUCUAUGUAACUACCUGUGGUAUAUCUACUCUU